AUGGAAACGAAAUUGAAGAACACGCGCGGAGAAUGUGAAUUUGACCCAACACUGGAGGAGAUGGAAAAGCACCGUAGAUUGAUGAACGAACGAGAGAUUGAAGAUUCUAAAAAAUGCCUGAAAAAGUUGUUUAAAGAAUACGAGGCAACAUGUUUAUGUGGUAAAUGUAAUAAUUUGGAUGACAUGGAAUAUUGCUGCGCGAGUAUAUUCCCAUCAAAUGUGAAAUUUCAAGCGAACAUAGGAAAAUUGGUGUCUGAAAAACUCGAAGAGAAAUUUUGGAAGGGUGAACACAACAGAUGUCUUGUUGAUUGUGAUAAUUUCGAAAAAUAUUUGGACGAGGAAGUGGGUUAUGUACAGGAAAACAAUGAAUUAAUGUAUUAUUUCAGACUUUGAAAGUGUUCAAAACUGGAUAUAAGUUUGGAUUGGGAAUUGAUGAUAAUUCUUGA